AUGCCACCAUUAUCGAAUGAAGAUUCUAUUCAUUACACAUGGAUGUAUGUUUCAAAAAGACAGGAUGAUCUGAAAUCUUCUCAUGAUGGAUGGAAGUCAUAUUCAGAAGUGAGUAUUCAUAUUCUGGAGGAAGCAUUAGCAGCUGGCAAAAGCAAAGUUAAACUGGACGCAGGCCUGGUUGAUCUUCAACACCUAAUACAAUAUUCUCAUGACGACAAUGGCAAAAAAAUUGCUAUCAAGAGACUUAAACGUGAUGAUAAUGAAAAACGACUACGCAAGAAUCGAUUUAUAUCAAAUCCUGCGUUCGUGAAGAACAUGAACCAAAGCAUUGGUGUUUAUUGGGUUUUGUUUAUGACUGAAGUUCGAAAGUUUCUUCGGUUGACAGACAAUGCGUUUCCAUCUCAAAAUCAAAGGAUUAUACCAGAAAUUGUGGACAAAGCAAUCAGUGGUAUCAUGGAAGAAGGAGCAAAUAUGGGCAAGCAGUGUGAAGCUGAAUGGAUUGCUAGACAAUUGACGAAAACGAGAGACAGCGGGAUGGCAGCUGUAUGGGAAUGUUGUGCUAAACUAUAUGCAAAGGAGAGUUUCCUUUAUGAAAAUGUGCAUCGAGCCAUGAAUUUUGUCGGUCAGCCGGAUCAUGAAAUGGUUUGGCUUAGCAAGAUUCACACAUUGGGUCCAUUCUGUUUAUUACUCUCGGAUAAUCCGUUGUGUGACAAAGCCAUGAAAAUAAACACAAAAAUCUAUCGAGGAGUAGAUUUAUCUGCAGCCGAGCUCGAUUCAUACAAAAACGAAUGUUUUGAACAAUCAAAGUCUACGUUCAUCUUAUCGUCAUUUACAUCAUGCAGUCGAAACAAAUUCAUUGCUGAACGGUUUGGUAAUACGCUAUUGAUCUUUGAAAUAAAACAAGCAGCGACAUUUGACCUUGUGCCAUUUUCCAAUUAUCCAGAAGAGGAAGAAGAGGUAUUUUAUCCAGGAUCUCAAUUCGUUAUCGAAAAUGUGGUAUUUAACACAGCACAGAAAAAAUAUGUGGUAAAUAUAAGUGUACAAUAUAAGCAUGUGAGCGACAUGACCACUGAUCAACUCAAAACUGGUUCCAUUUAUACAACCAUGAAACAGUCUUUUGAUACACAAUUUAUGUCCGAAAAGCGUCUGAACAGGCCUUUAAAGUCGAUUAUUACAAAUAUAGUGACAAAAUCACAAUUUUUGACAAAUCUAAUACCACAGAAGCAAAAGGUAUACUCAAACAUAGAAAUUCAAGCAGCUGGCUUUUCUUACACAGGUGUAGAAGACACCGCUCGUUGCCAAGCGUGCGGACUUGAAGUGUCCGAAUGGACAGCGGAUAUGAAACCGUUUACUAUUCAUAAGCAACGAAGUCCAGUAUGUGCUUAUGUUCGGUCGAUGAUGCCUGAAAAGCCGAUUAUAACUCCAGUGACGAUCAUGUCAACAACAGACGAUGAUUAUAAUCCAGCAAAACGACAAAAGAAAGAUUUUAUUGAGGAAAUUUGUGAGAGUAGUGUACUGACAGAAAUCACUCUGUUAGCGGAGGCGCGACGCCGAUCAUUUUCUCAUUGGCCUCCACACAUGUGUCCUUCGAGUGCACAAAUGGUUGCUGCAGGUUUCUUUAGUUGUAACGUUGGUGAUCGAGUGAUAUGCUUGUAUUGCAAUCUAAUCUGUCAGCAGUGGAAUGCUGAAACCGAUGACCCAAGCGAGAUUCAUAAGAAACUCUCACCAAAGUGUCCGUAUGUGAUUUCAAUGACAAAACGUCGACAGGAUCGAACGAUUUUUAUAAUGAACGAUCCGGAUAUCAGAGAAGGUGUGGGUGACGCGACUGUCAAUGAUCCAUUUCGAUGUAAUGAGAUGGUAUACACUGCUGCAUGUCAUACCGCUUAUAUAGAAAUUCCACGUCGACAAGCAUCGUUUGCGACAUGGCCAGACGAAAAUCUUCCGCCCGUCGAUGAAUUAGUACGAGCAGGCUUCUUCUAUGCAGGCUCAAAGACAGUCGUCACCUGUUUUUACUGCAAUGGAUCAUUACAAAACUGGGGUCCAAACGAUAAUCCAAUGAUUGAACAUGCGCGCUGGUUUCCAAACUGCGCCUAUGCUAAGCAGCUGUGUGGCGUUGAGUUGUACAAAAAGAUUCAAGAAUCGAAAAAAGCUCAACAAGAGAGAGCGAAAGCAAACGAUGCUAAUAAACAAGAUGGAAAGACGAAUAGUACUGUAGGCAGAGGACAACUGAUUAUACCUGAUGAAAGUGCUUUAUCACGACUGGUGGCCGCUCGACUUGACCUGCCUGUCUCUCAAAGACUACUCAUUCUGGAGUUCAAACUAUCAUUAAUUAAACGUUGUUGGGAGGAUCAGCUAAGAUUAAAACGUGAUGAUUACCUUGAUCAAAUUGACCUAUUCAUCUGUUGUAUUAUUCUUCAACGACAGAUCGAUUGUAUUGGCGGAAAGAAAGAGAACAUUAUCGUACCGCGUGUAACUAUGAAGAAACUUCGUGAACAAGAACAAGCUGAUGCUGCUGCACGCGAACAAUCGGCUGCUACGAAUACAGAAGCGAAUGUUUCUAAUACCACAGACAUUGAAAUGACGACGUCAUCUGCAAGUAGCACUACUAGCGAUCAAAACAUGGAACAGCCAGUUGGCAGUGUUCAAAAUGAGAAAGAUAAAAAAACAUCAGCUGCAAGAAAAUCGGACGAUAGUCCAACAGAAAUUCCUACGGCGAAUCUGUGUGUUCUUUGUUUGGAAGAGGAAAGACGUCUUGCUUGUAUUCCAUGCGGCCAUCUUGCUACAUGUGUCCCAUGUGGUCAUUCUCUUCGAUCGUGUCCAAUAUGCCGUACAAAUAUUGAUGCUUUUAUGCGGAUAUAUGUGUGA